AUGACACCCAGUACACUUAAGAUCAUAUCUUUUAAAUUCUUGAGUUCCCCGGCCAUGACUAGUCUUAUCCUUGGAUCUUGGGUACUAAACAGGAUAUUGAAUAUCCCUCCAAGAUCUUGGGAGGCAGGUCCUCCUGUGUUAACAGUUACACCAUAUGUGAAGAUGGUCACUUGUCUUCAUAUGAAGUCGCUGGCAUGGUGUUCUGAAGAUGUACUGGUUUCAAAGUUUAGGACCCUAGGCUGCAAGACUGAAGAAGAAAUUAGUCUAGUUUCCAUAGGCCUUCUUGAAUCUGAACAUAAGUUUUCCAUUCUUCUGAACAUCUUGUGGGACUCAUUUUUUCACAGUUAUAUGGCUGCAGAAAAUGUUGAGACAAUGCUUUUAGGGAUUUUGACAUUCCUUCUUUGUGGGUUGACAACAAGAGGUGGGGGUAAGCUCUAA